GUGGGAAAAACAAGGCGAACAAUUCACUGUGUUUCUUCUUCAUUCAUUGUCAUCUCAAUUCAAUUUCAACUCAGGAGGAUCAAAAUGGAGGCGUUAAGUGGCGGAGCAGGUGGUGGCGGAGGCGGAGGAGGAUCGGAAGAGAAAGGGAUAUUUGAAUACUUCGGUUGGGUUUAUCACCUUGGCGUGAAUUCCAUCGGCCACCAGUAUUGCCACCUUCGUUUCCUUUUCAUCAGGGGCAAGUGCGUCGCAAUGUACAAGCGUGACCCUCACCAGAACCCUGACAUUAAACCCAUUAGGCAGGGAGUUGUAGGGCCUACACUGAUGGUGGAGGAUCUCGGGCGUCGAAAGGUCAACGACGGGGAUUUCUAUGUGAUACGCUUUUACAAUCGAUUAGAUGAGGACAGAAAGGGAGAAAUUGCUUGUGCUACAGCUGGGGAAGCCCAAGGAUGGAUGGAAGCAUUUGAUCAUGCCAAGCAACAGGGUCAGUAUGAGCUGACAAGAAGAGGCAGUGCCAGAGACAAACUAAACAAGGAAAUGGAGAUCAAUCUGGUAGGACAUCGACCUAGAGUGAAGCGGUAUACCUCUGGGUUGCGGAAGCUUAUAAGAAUUGGUCAAGGUCCAGAGACACUCUUACGGCUAUCAUCAAAGUUUUUUGGUAGUCCCGACGGAUUUGAAGGGGACGGUGGAGAUGCAUUUGAUGCACAUCAGUGGAAAUGUGUUCGUACCAUGGCUGGUAUUAGAAUUUUUGAGGAUGUUUCUAGCCACAAGACUGGUAAGGGUAUCCUCGCUAAGUCGGUUGGUGUUAUUGAUGCAACUGCAGAUAGUGUUUUUGAAGUGUUUUUAAACACUGAGCGACAGCAAAGAUAUGAGUGGGAUAUGUUGAUGGGUGACUUGGAGCUGAUAGAGUCAUAUGAUGGACAUUACGAUGUUGUGUAUGGGACAUACGAUCCUAAGUAUCUAACCCGGUGGCAUUCAAAGCGAGAUUUUGUCUUCUCUAGGCAAUGGUUUCGAGCACAAGAUGGAACAUACACUAUCUUGCUAUUUCCAGCUAUCCAUAAGAAAAAGCCUCCCAGAUCAGGCUUUCGACGUACAAAAAUCAAUCCGUCUACAUGGGAGAUUAGACAUUUGAACACACCUAUGGGAUCCAAUGGACCAAGAUGUUUAGUGACCCACACUUUAGAGAUACACUCCCAAUCCUGGCAUCGAUGGAAGAAUAGCCAGUGCACAAAAUUUGAGAAGAGCAUCCCGUAUGCAUUGCUGAGCCAAGUGGCAGGCCUAAGAGAAUAUAUUGGAGCCAAUCCGACACUCCACCAACAAGAUGCCACUACUGUUGUUCAUUCCAAAAUCUCCAGCUUUUCUAUGUCCAGUGCUGAAUAUGAAGAAGAUACAGAAGUCCAGGAUGAGUUUUAUGAUGCAAUUGCUGCUGAGUCAUUUUCAUCAGAUGAAGAAAGUGAUGAGGAGGAUGAGAAACUUGAUAAGAAGGAUCAGAGAGUAAAACUAAAGAAUGUUUCAUGGGCCAUGACGACCUUAGCUUUGAAGCAAACAGCAGCUCCAGAUGUAAGAGAAGAAUUAGAUCCUCAUACAAGUCCUGUCACAAUUGAUUCAAGUGACUUCAAUGGUUCUUUACGACAAGGAAAGGAUGAUAACGACACAAAUUGUUGGACUUCCCCUAGUGGUGAAAGAUUUAUGAUUAGAGGAAAGAACUAUCUGAAAGAUAACUCUAAGGUAGUUGGAGGAGAACCUCUUCUCAAGCUCAUAGCCGUUGAUUGGUUGAAAGUUGAUAAAUCUGUAGAUAGAAUUGCAUUGCACAGUAGAAGUCUGGUUCAGUCUGAAGCUGGGAAGAAGCUUCCAUUUAUCCUUGUAUUCAAUCUCCAGGUUCCAGCUAAACCAAACUACAGUUUGGUUCUACAUUACGCAUCUUACAGACCGAUACAUAAAGAUUCCCUAUUGGCUAAGUUUUUGGAUGGAGAUGACAUGUUCCGAGACUCAAGAUUCAAACUAAUUCCAAGUAUAGUUAAGGGAUAUUGGAUGGUCAAGCGAGCUGUUGGAACAAAAGCUUGCCUAAUGGGGAAAGCUUUGACUUGUAAAUACUUUAGACAAGACAAUUUUUUGGAGAUAGAUGUGGAUAUUGGAUCAUCCUCUGUAGCUAGGAGUGUCGUUGGCCUUGUUCUCGGAUAUGUCACAAGCCUAGUCGUUGACCUUGCAAUUUUGAUAGAGGCAAAAGAAGAGGCUGAACUGCCAGAAUACAUUCUUGGAACUGUACGAUUAAACCGCAUAAGACUUGAAUCAGCUGUACAGCUAGAGGUUUGAGGUGUUCUGCCACAAGUAUUAAAUCGUCUGCAACUAUUGCAUUAUUUGGCUGAAACUCUUUCAGUAACAGAGGGCUUAAAUCAGAAAACGAUAAUCUGGUGAAUUUUCUUCAAAAAGCACUCAUCCCUUGUGGAUUUUCUGCAGAACUGUGCUAUAUUAAUGUAUUUUACUUAGUUUUUUACUAUUAACUGUCUUUUAGGCUUUCUCAUCUGUUAGAAAUAAGAAAAGAAAUAGAGUGAAAAUAAGAGAUACAAUAAGUAGGCUUUGUCUAUUGUGGACUGAGAAAUGCUUCUCUGCAAAUAAGUCACAUAAGGAGCAUAUUGUAUACUAAAUGUUAGUUGCAAAAACUUGAUUCAUGGGUGGAUCAGUUCUUAACAUGAUCUACCAUAGAAGUGUCCCAAUAAGUAAUAUGAUGGUAAAAGGGUAUGAGAAAAACAAUUUGUGGGAAAA